UCAAGGUGAACCAAACCGACAACAAACCUAUACUACUGAAUACACACUCAGAAAAAAAAAACAGCAUCAACUACGUAAUCGACGUAACACUGCAGUUUCCGCAUACCCUCAACCAAAUCUUCACAAAAAGAGUGAUAAUGCCGCUUGAUCUAAUCGGAUUCGCCUAUGCGGCCACCGUCGCCGCAGGCGGUAUAAUGGGCUUUUACAAAGCAGGUUCUAUUCCAUCACUCGGUGCUGGUUUAUUCUUUGGUGGAGCUUUGGCCUAUGGUGCAUACCAAGUGACUCAAGACCCAACCAACUACUCUUACCAACUUGCAACCAGCUCUAUGCUGGCCGGUGUGAUGGGUUACAGAUUCUACAAUUCAGGGAGAAUCAUGCCUGCUGGUGUUAUUUGUGUGUUGUCAUUGGCUAUGAUAGCACGCAUUGUUCUGAACGCUCCCAGUACUGCUAUACCUGAUAAAAAUCUGAUGCGAAAAAUCUAAUCUUGUCAUUUAAAGUGCAAGAGGUGAUUCUAGCAUUUUUCUCUAUUUCUUAAUAUUUCCAAUUGGUGAUGGUUGCUGUUACUACGAAUUACAGUCUAAUGUCACCUCACACCUGAAGAGUUUGUAGUCUUCCUACAGUUUUGUUAUGUAUCUUUUUAAACUAUGUAAUGCUAGUGAAUUUGGCUAUCCACAGCAGGUAAAUGGUAAAGUUUUGUGGGUGCUGGUAUUUUGUCUUACUCUUCAAAGUACAAAGAGAAUGAGCUAUAUUAAAUGAUGAUCAAAUGUUCAAUAAAUGAACUAAUCAGGAAAA